AUGUCAAUCAAGGUUGUGAUUGCCCCCCAGGCGUUCAAGGAAAGCAUCGGUGCGCGAGACGCUGCCGUUGCCAUUCAGCGGGGUGUUUUGCGGGCCGCUCCCGACGCCGCAACCACCCUGAUUCCGGUGGCUGACGGAGGUGACGGCACGCUGGCGGCCCUCAUCGAGACUACCGGCGGCAGGUUUUUAGAUGCGCCGGUGAUUGGACCGUUGGGAGAAGACCGCGUUUCGCGAUGGGGUGUGAUGGGAGAUGGACGCACCUCCGUCAUCGAAAUGGCGUUGGCUUCCGGAUUAGCCCUGGUACCAGAGGGUCAGCGCGAUCCGCGCAUCACCACAACCUACGGAACCGGUCAGUUGAUCGGGGCGGCCCUCGACGCCGGUUUCGACCGCAUCAUCGUUGGCCUGGGUGGCAGCGCCACCAACGACGGAGGAUCGGGAAUGGCUGCCGCCCUGGGAGCGCGUUUCCUCGAUUCCCACGCAACCGAGCUGCAGCCGGGCGGCGCGGCUUUGGCCCACCUGGCCGCCGUCGAUGCCUCGGGAUUGCACCCGCGUUUGGCCGAUGCGACCAUCGUGGGGGCGACAGAUGUUACAAACCCGCUCUGCGGCGACACCGGGGCAUCGGCCAUAUUUGGACCGCAGAAAGGCGCCACUCCCCAAAUGGUUGCCCAACUUGACCAGUGCCUCAUGAACUUUGCCCGGGUGAUCUUCGCAGACCUCGGCAUUAACGUUGCAGAUUCACCAGGAUCGGGGGCAGCCGGUGGGCUUGGCGCUGGACUGCUGGCGUUCGCCAACGCCGACCUGCGCUCGGGCAUCGACAUGGUUUGCGAUGUGCUCGAAUUCGAUCAAUACGUCAAUGCAGCCGAUCUGGUCAUUACCGGCGAAGGUCGCGCCGACCGUUCGACUGCGUUCGAUAAAGCGCCGGUUGGAAUCGCCCGGCGCGCACGGCUUCAGGGUGUCCCCACGCUGUUGCUGGCUGGAAGCCUCGGCGCCGGCUACGAAAUCCUGUACGACCACGGUAUUGACGCCAUCGUUCCCAUCGCCGACCAGCCGAUGGAUCUGGACGCCAGCCUGGCCCAGGGAGGCGAGCUGCUGGAACGCGCGGCGGAACGGGCCGUUCGACUCUUCAUGCUGGGAAUGACCCGUAUAUCGUGA